AUGGCUUCUCUCAUCGACAAGUCGAUCUUCAGCUCCGGAGGUAAAACCUUGAUAAGCUGUUCUUCGGAUGGAUCUCGUCUCUUCGCAACGAACAAGAAUGGAUCUACCAAGAUACUACCACUGAACCAGCCAGAAGAAGAACCUGAUGUGUUUGAGACUUAUUCAAAUCCCACUGCAUUGACCAUUUUGACUAACUCGAAGUGCAUUGUAGCUUCUCUGAAGGGUGAUGUCCGGAUUUGCAGUGCGCAAGAAGCGGAGAGCCAACUUUUACUCAGGUGUGCGUUGCCUGUACGCGACGUCGCUCUCAUUCAUAAUGGCAAGACUGUGGCUGUAGGUGGUGAUGACCUAGAAGUUACUUUAUACUCGCUUGUGGAAGAUAGUGAGCAAAGUAAGACAACGCUGGGUCUUGAUGACCAACUUCGCAGUCUAUCUUACAACCCUCAAAUGAGCAUCCUCGCUGUUUCACAAGUUAAUGGCAGUAUCCACUUCUAUUCUAUGACCUCUGCUUCUCCCCGUCACGUCUACAAACUCGAAAAUUGUAUUGGAUCACACUUCUUCAAUGAUGACUUCCAAGAUAAACUAUUACAAGCAGUGGAUCCGUCGGAGGCAAACGACGAUUUAGAUGGCGAGUUUAACGAACCUGAAUACUGCAGUGAAAAUAGGGUUUGCGCGCGUGUUGAAUGGCAUCCCCAUGGUAUACAAUUCGCUGUUCCUUGUCAGGAUCGAUCAAUCAGCAUAUUUAACGUCAAGGAUUACUCAAAGGCGAAAACUUUACGUUACUCUCAAGUGAAACGUGAAUUUGUUGACCUGAAAUACAGCCCCCAAUCAGGCACCUAUCUUGCUGCUGUUGAUUUGGAUAAUAGACUCACGAUAUGGAAUGCCGCCACGGGUGAAAUUCACAGCACAAGAGAAUUGAGGCACAAGAUUACGAACCUUUGUUGGGGACCAAACACGAAUAAUGGCUUCGACUUACACCUUGGUACCUGGACGGGUGAUAUUGUAACAAUCAAGGGCGUUGCUGAAAAAGCGACAAAUAUACCGACUUUAAGUGAAAACACUGGGACGGCGACAAAUAACCUUUUCGUGAGCUCUGAGGAUGAUGAUGACGGUGACGGAAUUGAAGAUAUCCAGGGUGGUAGUUAUUCUGGCGCGGGUAAAAAUGGCCAUCCGGAUCUCCCUCAUAAGGACAAUGACAUGCAGGAAUCACAAGGAAUAUUCACCGACGAAGAAUCGGGGGGAGCUAACAAACGAUACCUCGCAGACGACGAAAAUGAUUUCAUCGAUGACGAUGACGGCGCUGGUUAUGUUUUGAAAAAACCCAAAACUUUAGGAUCAGGCAGGUCCCAUAUUAUGCCAUCAACUGCGGAACCUAAAGUUCAAAAAUUCCGUUAUCGUCCAUUUUCACCCGGGAGUACCCCCUUUGGCACGUCUGAUAGGCGAUACCUAACCAUGAAUAACAUAGGGUAUGCUUUCACUGUAAAAAAUGGCGAAGGCUCUUCUACGCGUUGCACUAUCACUACCUCUUUCUUUGAUUUAGGUCGAUUCAAGGAGUACCACUUCGAAGACCUUUAUGGUUAUGAUAUUUGUUCACUAACAGAAGAAGGAACUUUGUUUGCUCAAUCAAAAAUGGGCCGUCUUCACUAUCGUGGUCAUAGUAAUUUUCAAUCUACUUGGACUAAGCGAGUACCUCUACACAAGUCCGAAAAGAUUACGUCAGUGGCGGCAACGCCUAAACGGAUUGUGGUUGGAACGUCAUUUGGAUAUGUACGGACUUUCAACCAAUUCGGAGUUCCAUUGGAGGUCGAGAAGGUUGCACCAGUGGUUGCCGUUAUUGCCCAAGACUACAGAGUUUUUGUAGCGCAUUUUUCUCCCUUUCAUGGCUUAACGUACACUUUAUUCGAGCAGAACCCGCAAACCGGGUGCAAAUACUUCCAAAGAGAAUGUUCCCUGCCCGUUAAGCUCCCCGCCAACCUCGAUGAGGAUGAGGAAUUUAGUGAAACAUUCGCGGCCUUCAGUCCACUAGGGAUAAAAUCUCUAUUCUUUUCGGCUCAUGGCGAUCCAUGUAUUUUUGGCGUAGAUGAUGUUUUGCUAGUACUUUCAAAGUGGAGAACGCCUGCGGAGACUAGAUGGGUACCUCUUCUGGAUACCAACUUGGAGUUGUGGAAGAGCUCCAACGGAAGAGAGAUUAGUGACCUCCACAUAUGGCCCUUAGGGCUGACAUUCAAUGUUUUGAACCAUAUAUUGGUCAAGGGCCACCACAUUUGGCCGGAAUUUCCAAUGCCCUUGCCCUCCGAGAUGGAAGUUAGGGUUCCUCUGCUUGUCAAAGACGAAAUAGAAGUUGAUCGCGACGCCGAUAACGAACAGGAAAUACAUGUUCCCCCUCCGAUGGCCGCGGAAGAGGAACUAGUUCGCUCCAAGUUUUUAAGUGAAUUAUUGAACGAAACAUUGGCGCAUGAAGGAGAAAUAUACGGGAAUGAACUUCAAGUUUUAGCAACCAUCAACGGAGCCUACGAUAAAUCACUCUUGCGUUUGUUCGCCACAGCCUGCUCGAACCAGGAAAUUGGCAAGGCAGUCUCACUGACGCAAGAGUUGAAACAAGAUAAAGCUUUGAAUGCUGCUGCCAAGAUUGCUGAAAGAGCUGAACUCAUGAGUUUGGUUAGCAAAAUUAAUGAAAUGCGUGAAGCCAGGUUCGAGCAGCAGCUCGAUGGUAAUUAA